AUGAAGUUCAGCACCGUCGCCGUUUAUCUCGCCGCCUUUGUGGGAGGCUCAUUGGCCGCCGCUCUCAAUGAGCGUCAAGCACCACCCGCACCACCGGGCCCAACGCCCAAGGUCAUCCCCGUCGUUGUGGGUAGCCCGACCCGCGAGAAGUCCCUGCUCUUCUACCCCGAGGUCGUAAAGGCCAACCCCGGCGACAUUGUCCAGUUCCAGUUCUGGCCCAACAACCACACCGUCACCCAGGCCGCCAACACCCAGGCCCCGUGUAUGCCCCUCCAGGACCAAAUGCCGAACGCCGUCCACUCUGGCUUCAUUCCGGGUGUCACGGACGGCUCCCCGGUUGGCACUUUCAACGUGCAGGUGGAGAACACUGAGCCCAUGCUCAUGUACUGCGCGCAGGGCAUGCACUGCCAGCUUGGCAUGGUCAUGAUCAUCAACCCUAAAGCGGAUGCCGACGUACAGGCCUACAGGACGGCCGCAAAGGGUUCGCAAAUGAAUGUUCCAGCCAAGAAUGUCGCCGGUGGCUCUGCGGGCAGGAUUCCCUCAAAUUUGGCUGUUCCGCCCGUUGUUUAG